AGUCAACAUGGACGCGUCCAUUUGAACAUCUCGCCUGAGUGGUUCUCCCGCACGCUUGCUUGUUAGCAGUCGUGUCCGCAGCUGCUGCCCAGUCUUCCUCCGGAACAGGGGAGGGAGAGGGAAUGAGAAGCUGCAGCGGCCGAGGAGUCACCGUGACCGUCCCCGCCGCCACCCUCGGGCCCCCUCGGCCCCCGCGCCUCCGGGGAGCAGCCGGGGCUCGCCGCGCCUGACGCGUCCCGAGUCACACAGAAAUAAUGUUGAUAUUUGGAACCCAUGUCGAACUUCUAUGAAGAAAGGGCAACAAUGAUUGCAGCCGGGGAUUUGCAGGAAUUUGUUCCUUUUGGUCGAGACCACUGCAAGCACCACCCUAAUGCUUUGAACCUUCAGCUUCGCCAGCUGCAGCCAGCGUCGGAGUUAUGGUCUUCUGAUGGUGCUGCUGGCCUGGUGGGAUCCCUUCAGGAGGUUACGAUCCACGAGAAACAGAAGGAGAGCUGGCAGUUAAGGAAAGGCGUAAGUGAAAUUGGAGAAGAAGUAGAUUACGAUGAGGAACUCUAUGUGGCUGGAAAUAUGGUUAUCUGGAGCAAAGGAAGUAAAAGCCAGGCAUUGGCUGUUUAUAAAGCGUUUACAGUUGACAGUCCUGUUCAACAGGCAUUGUGGUGUGACUUCAUUAUAUCACAGGAUAAGUCUGAAAAGGACUACAGUAGUGAUGAAGUAGAAAAAUGCAUAUGUAUAUUGCAAAGCUCAUGUGUUAACAUGCAUAGCAUAGAAGGAAAGGAUUACAUAGCUUCUUUACCUUUUCAGGUUGCAAAUGUUUGGCCCACGAAGUAUGGCUUGUUGUUCGAACGAAGCAGCUCUUCACAUGAGCUUCCUCCAGGCCCACCCAGAGAACCUUUACCCACUAUGUUCAGCAUGCUGCAUCCACUAGAUGAAAUUACACCUCUUGUUUGUAAAUCUGGAAGUCUUUUUGGUUCAUCACGGGUACAAUAUGUUGUAGAUCAUGCAAUGAAAAUUGUUUUUCUCAACACUGAUCCCUCCGUUGUAAUGACCUAUGACACCGUUCAAGGUUUGCAUUCUGUGUGGGCUCUCCGGAGAGUCAAAACAGAGGAAGAGAAUGUUGUUUUAAAGUUCUCUGAACAGGGGGGCACCCCACAGAACGUGGCCACCAGCAGCUCGCUCACAGCACACCUCAGAAGCCUCUCCAAGGGAGACUCCCCCGUGGCUUCCCCCUUCCAGAACUACUCCUCCAUCCACAGCCAGAGUCGCUCAACCUCCUCACCCAGCCUACACUCCCGCUCACCUUCCAUUUCCAACAUGGCAGCUCUCAGUCGUGCUCAUUCUCCAGCCUUAGGAGUGCACUCUUUUUCAGGGGUGCAAAGGUUCAACCUUUCAAGCCAUAAUCAAUCUCCGAAGAGACACAGUAUUUCUCAUUCUCCAAAUAGUAAUUCUAACGGCUCCUUUCUUGCACCAGAAACAGAGCCAAUUGUUCCUGAACUUUGUAUGGACCACUUAUGGACAGAAACGAUUACUAAUAUAAGGGAGAAAAAUUCACAGGCCUCAAAAGUCUUUAUUACAUCUGACCUAUGUGGGCAAAAGUUCUUGUGCUUUUUAGUAGAGUCCCAGCUCCAGUUACGAUGUGUAAAGUUUCAAGAGAGUAAUGAUAAAACCCAGCUCAUCUUUGGCUCCGUCACCAACAUACACGCAAAGGAUGCAGCUCCAGUGGAGAAGAUAGACACUAUGCUGGUCCUGGAAGGCAGUGGAAACCUGGUGCUGUACACAGGAGUGGUUCGGGUGGGAAAGGUUUUUAUUCCUGGGCUGCCAGCUCCCUCCCUGACAAUGUCGAACACGAUGCCUCGGCCCAGCACCCCGCUUGACAGCGUUAGUACUCCUAACCCUCUGAGUAAGCUGCUUGGAUCCCUGGAUGAGGCUGUUCUGUUGUCCCCAGUUCCAGAACUAAGGGAUUCUUCAAAGCUUCAUGAUUCUCUCUAUAAUGAGGAUUGUACUUUCCAACAGCUUGGAACUUACAUUCAUUCUAUAAGAGACCCUGUCCAUAACAGGGUAACGCUAGAACUGAGUAAUGGCUCCAUGGUUAGGAUCACUAUUCCUGAAAUUGCCACCUCUGAAUUAGUACAAACUUGUUUGCAAGCAAUUAAAUUUAUCCUGCCAAAAGAAGUAGCUGUUCAGAUGCUUGUCAAGUGGUACAGUGUCCACAGUGCUCCGGGAGGACCCAGUUAUCACUCAGAGUGGAACUUAUUUGUGACUUGUCUCAUGAACAUGAUGGGUUAUAACACAGACCGCUUAGCAUGGACAAGGAAUUUUGACUUUGAAGGAUCACUUUCCCCAGUCAUUGCACCCAAAAAAGCAAGACCUUCUGAGACGGGAUCUGAUGAUGACUGGGAAUAUUUACUAAAUUCAGACUACCACCAGAAUGUUGAGUCUCAUCUUUUGAAUAGAUCUUUAUGUUUGAGUCCUUUGGAAGUUUCACAGAUGAAGGAUGAGGAUUUGUCACAGAAUCUCAGUUUGGACUCUUCUACACUUCUUUUCACUCACAUACCUGCAAUUUUUUUUGUUCUUCACCUGGUCUAUGAGGAGCUUAAGUUGAACACUCUAAUGGGAGAAGGAAUUCGUUCACUUGUUGAACUUCUCGUUCAGUUGGCAAGGGACUUAAAAUUGGAGGCUUAUGUAGAUCAUUACUAUAGAGAUUACCCAACACUUGUCAGAACUACUGGACAAGUGUGUACAAUUGAUCAAGGACAAACAGGAUUUAUGCAUCAUCCAUCAUUUUUUACUUCUGAGCCACCAAGUAUUUAUCAGUGGGUGAGUUCUUGUCUGAAGGGUGAAGGAAUGCCACCCUAUCCUUACCUCCCCGUCAUCUGUGAAAGAAGCAGACUUGUAGUCUUGAGUAUUGCACUCUACAUACUUGGUGAUGAAAGUUCUGUUUCUGAUGAAUCCUCACAGUAUUUAUCCAGAAUAAGUAUAGCCCCACAGAAGUCACAAGCAGAACAAGAGGAGAACAGGUUUAGUUUCAGGCAUUCUACAUCAGUUUCUAGUCUAGCUGAGAGAUUAGUCGUCUGGAUGACUAAUGUAGGUUUCGCUUUAAGAGACUUGGAAACUCUUCCCUUUGGAGUUGCUCUUCCCAUCAGAGAUGCGAUUUAUCACUGUCGGGAGCAGCCCGCUUCAGACUGGCCAGAAGCUGUUUGCCUCUUGAUUGGGCGUCAGGAUCUUUCCAAGCAGGCCUGUGAAGGAAACUUGCCCAAAGGGAAAUCUUCUGUUACUCAGGUGCUCUCAUCAGAUGUUCCUUCAGGAACAGAAACUGAGGAGGAAGAUGAUGGCAUGAAUGACAUGAAUCAGGAGGUGAUGUCGCUAAUAUGGAGUGAAGACUUAAGGGUGCAGGAUGUGCGAAGGCUUCUUCAGAGUGCGCAUCCUGUCCGCGUCAAUGUGGUGCAGUACCCAGAACUCAGUGACCACGAGUUCAUUGAGGAAAAGGAGAACAGAUUGCUCCAGUUGUGUCAGCGAACUAUGGCUCUUCCAGUAGGACGGGGAAUGUUUACCUUGUUUUCAUACCAUCCUGUUCCAACGGAGCCAUUGCCUAUCCCUAAGUUGAAUUUGACUGGGCGGGCACCCCCUCGGAACACAACGGUAGACCUGAACAGUGGCAACAUCGAUGUGCCUCCCAACAUGACCAGCUGGGCCAGCUUCCAUAACGGCGUGGCUGCCGGCCUGAAGAUAGCCCCUGCCUCCCAGAUCGACUCAGCCUGGAUUGUCUACAAUAAGCCCAAGCACGCCGAGUUAGCCAAUGAGUAUGCUGGCUUCCUCAUGGCCCUGGGUCUGAACGGGCACCUUACCAAGCUGGCUACUCUCAACAUCCAUGACUACCUGACCAAGGGUCAUGAGAUGACAAGCAUUGGACUGCUCCUUGGUGUUUCUGCUGCUAAGCUAGGCACCAUGGAUAUGUCGAUUACACGGCUUCUUAGCAUCCACAUUCCCGCUCUCCUGCCGCCAACGUCCACAGAGCUUGAUGUUCCUCACAACGUCCAAGUGGCUGCAGUGGUUGGCAUCGGCCUUGUUUAUCAAGGGACAGCUCAUAGGCAUACCGCAGAAGUCUUGUUGGCUGAAAUAGGACGACCCCCUGGUCCUGAAAUGGAAUACUGCACGGACAGAGAGUCUUACUCUUUGGCUGCUGGCUUGGCUCUGGGCAUGGUUUGCUUGGGGCACGGCAGUAAUUUGAUAGGCAUGUCUGAUCUCAAUGUGCCCGAGCAGCUUUAUCAGUACAUGGUUGGAGGCCAUAGGCGCUUUCAAGCAGGGAUGCACAGGGAGAAACAUAAAUCUCCAAGUUAUCAAAUCAAAGAAGGAGAUACCAUAAAUGUGGAUGUAACUUGUCCAGGUGCCACUCUCGCUUUGGCCAUGAUCUACUUAAAAACCAACAACAGAUCCAUUGCAGAUUGGCUCCGAGCUCCCGACACCAUGUAUUUGCUGGACUUCGUGAAGCCAGAAUUUCUCUUACUUAGGACGCUUGCUCGAUGCCUGAUUUUGUGGGAUGAUAUUUUACCAAAUUCCAAGUGGGUUGAUAGCAACGUUCCUCAAAUUAUAAGAGAAAAUAGUAUCUCUCUCAGUGAAAUCGAAUUGCCGUGUUCAGAGGAUUUGAAUUUGGAAACUUUGUCGCAGGCACAUGUCUACAUAAUUGCAGGAGCUUGUUUGUCUCUGGGUUUUCGAUUUGCUGGCUCAGAAAACUUAUCAGCAUUUAACUGUUUGCAUAAAUUUGCAAAAGAUUUUAUGACUUAUUUGUCUGCACCUAAUGCUUCUGUAACAGGUCCUUACAACCUGGAGACUUGCCUGAGUGUGGUGCUGCUGUCUCUCGCCAUGGUGAUGGCUGGCUCGGGGAACCUGAAGGUUUUGCAGCUUUGUCGCUUCUUGCACAUGAAAACAGGUGGUGAAAUGAACUAUGGUUUCCACUUAGCCCAUCACAUGGCCCUUGGACUUCUGUUUUUGGGAGGAGGAAGGUACUCUUUGAGCACAUCAAACUCUUCCAUUGCCGCUCUCCUCUGUGCCCUUUACCCGCACUUCCCAGCUCACAGCACUGACAACCGGUAUCACCUCCAGGCUCUCCGGCACCUGUAUGUGCUGGCUGCAGAACCGAGACUUCUCGUGCCCGUGGAUGUGGACACAAACACGCCCUGCUAUGCCCUCUUAGAAGUGACCUAUAAGGGCACUCAGUGGUAUGAGCAAACCAAAGAAGAACUGAUGGCUCCUACCCUUCUUCCAGAACUCCACCUUUUAAAGCAGAUUAAAGUUAAAGGCCCACGAUACUGGGAACUGCUCAUAGAUUUAAGCAAGGGAACCCAACACUUGAAGUCAAUUCUUUCUAAGGACGGGGUUUUAUAUGUUAAGCUCAGAGCGGGUCAGCUCUCUUACAAGGAAGAUCCAAUGGGGUGGCAAAGUUUGUUGGCCCAGACUGUUGCUAACAGGAACUCUGAAGCUCGGGCUUUCAAGCCUGAAACGAUUUCAGCAUUCACUUCUGAUCCAGCACUUCUGUCGUUUGCUGAAUAUUUCUGCAAACCAACUGUGAACAUGGGUCAGAAACAGGAAAUUCUGGAUCUCUUUUCUUCAGUACUCUAUGAAUGUGUGACCCAGGAGACCCCGGAGAUGUUACCUGCAUACAUAGCAAUGGAUCAGGCUGUAAGAAGACUGGGAAGGAGAGAGAUGUCCGAGACAUCUGAACUUUGGCAGAUAAAGUUGGUGUUAGAGUUUUUCAGCUCCAGAAGCCAUCAGGAGCGGCUGCAGAACCACCCCAAGCGAGGGCUCUUUAUGAACUCGGAAUUCCUCCCUGUUGUCAAAUGCACUAUUGAUAAUACUCUGGACCAGUGGCUGCAAGCUGGGGGUGACGGGUGUGUGCACGCCUACCUCAACGGGCAGCCCUGCGAGGAGUCGCAGCCGAGCCUGCUGGCCUGUUUCCUCGUCUACCACUCAGUGCCAGCCCCGCGGCACCUGCCGUCUAUAGGACUAGAAGGGAACACAAGCUUCGCAGAACUCCUCUUCAAAUUCAAACAGCUGAAGAUGCCAGUGCGAGCUUUGCUGAGAUUGGCUCCUUUGCUUCUUGGGAACCCACAGCCAAUGCUUAUGUGAUCAUGUCUGGUGGGGACACGAGUUCGAGCCCUGGUCCAGGAAGAUCCCACAAGCCCGUGCGCCACAACUACUCAGCCUGCGCUCUAGAGCCCGCGAACUACAACUACUGAGCCCGUGUGCCACAACUACUGAAGCAUGCGCACCUACAGCCCGUGCACCACAACAAGAGAAGCCACGGCAAUGAGAAGCCUGCGCACCGCAACGAAGAGUAGCCCCCACUCGCCGCAACUAGAGAAAAGCCCGCUCACAGCAACAAAGACCCAACACAGCCAAAAAUAAAAUAAAUGAAAUAAAAUAAAUAAAUUUAUUUAAAAAAAAAAAAGUUCAUUUCCACCCGGGAUUUAGAGAACCAUACGUCUGUAUCAAGUUUCUGGACCAGAUGCUGAGGAAAGGGAUUCGUAUAAAGGUGUCUGCAGCUUCAGGUUUCCAGUCCAGGAAGAAGAAGGCUCCCUGCUGUCCAGAUACUGAUGUGCCGUCUGCCUCCUAAAUGGCCGGUGGGACCGUAAACUGGUCGAAGCUGCAAGGUCCAUCCAGUGAUUUCACGUUGCCACACCCUGAAUUGUGGGGUUUAGCUUUAAAAGUAAAAAUGAAAGCAAAUACAAAUGUUUCCAUUGAGAGUUUGACAAAAACCCACGUGGUGUUUGCUCCUGCAGAGGGGGCUUGCGUCCGGAAGGCAGGCAUCAGUGGUUCUCUUCAGACCUUCACUGUUCCACCUGUGUGCCCGCCCCGGGACUUGCCCCUGCGUGUGAAGCAUAGGCAAGGUGGCUGACUGGGAGGGUGAAAUGUGCUUCCUUCACACUUACAAGAGAUUUUUCUUCUAAUUAAAAGUAAAAGAAAAAAAUCAAAAUGGUAGAUGAUGGAAAUUCCAUUUGAAUCAGGGUAUAAAGAACUCAGUAUUGGGCAGCUGUCGCUGUCUUCACUCUCAAUUGUUUAUAACUUCUAAGCUUUUCUCUGAUUGAAGAAUGACUUGAGUUAUUUGCACACGUAUGAACUCUCGUGUACGAAGGAGAACAGUCAUUGGAAUGUUGUCAACAAAAGCAAAAAUCAGGCUUUCUAAGGGAGAGAGCAGGAUGGAAGAUUGCAGAUGGGCUGGAAACAGCACUGCCUUUAUAUGUUGGGCCUCCCGAGGAGCGCAGAUGAUGUCUGGACAGUCUGCUCCCGAGCAGACACGUUAGGAUCGUCAGAGAAGUCAACGCCACCUCUUUGUGGGCUCUCAAAAAGUCUUGAGAGUAUGGCUCUCACCAUCCAGAACGGUUUCGCCUCUUCACAGCCAUGGCAGAGAAGAGCUGGAGAAACGCAUCCAGCUCUGAGUGUUUUGGCCCAGAAGUGGCCCAUGUCACUUCUGGCUACAGCCUGUUGGCACGAAAUAAGUUGCUCCACCUUGUAAGUGUUCUUUCACAAAGGGGAGAACUAGACACUGGUGAGUACUGGUAAUGUCUGUCACAGUGUGAUUCCUCACUUGUCCAUCCAUCUUCUCUGCUCACGCAGAUGGAAAUGCAUGUCGUUGCCUCCAUAGAUGGACAUGAUUAAAGGAACAGUACAGUCACACACACACUCAGGUUAUUACUGUUUCCCCGACGGAUGCUGGCAUCUGUGCUCCUCGCUCGAGUGUCUUCCAAAGGAGUGAAGGCAUGAACUUGUGGGAAGCUCUGAGGCAUAGACGCCAGGCCUUAGCAGCAGGACACCAUUGGUGUAAGCCUCACAGAACUUCUCCUUGGUGCUGCGUAAUCUUACUUGAAUAAGGCCACUUUCUCACCCUUUGUCUAGAAACCAGCUGACUUCACAGCAUACGGAGAGGGGCAUGUCCCAGCUUAGGGGAUCUCCUGACAUCCUAGAGGAGGCAGGAGGGAGGGGGGCUCGCAUCUCUCAGCCUGGUGGUCAGUGUGCAAACGCGCUUGGUGGGAGGCCGGCGAGCCUGCUGGGCUGUAGACAGGCCCGAGCGUGGGAGCCGGCAUUGGACUGGAAGCCAGAGCCUGUGGGAGCCGAGGCAGGAAUUGUCAGAGGAAUGGACUUGUGACGAUUCCAAGGGAAGCACGUGCCAAAGCCCAGUCUGAGCGACGGGAGGAGGCCAGGCCGGGAGAGGAUGUUGGGAACUGGGUGAAACUGAAGGCCGUGGACCAAUCUGAGACCAAAGCAGGAAGACUUUGUUGCCUCCUUCAUACAGGGUUGGGGACCUCUCUUCUGGGUUCCCCAUCCUCAUACUGACCAAAUUUUGGGGAAAAUGCCUCACUGUAUGAAGAUCUCUCCAGUUAAGCAAUGGGGGAGGGGACAGGCUUUGGUCACCUCCGUACCCCUGUGUCUGCAGUUUUUAAGCAGCAGUGGAAGGAAGCAGAGGUGAGGUCGGAAAAACACCUCCUCCACGUGGAGGCCUCUGUCAGCACUUACUGUGCCCGGCAGAUACCCACGCUGGUUCCAAAGCUUCCCAGGUGACUGUGUUUUCCUGCUUCCAAGGCCAGGUUCCCCCUACUCCAAAAUACAUUGGUUGCUUCUCAUUACAGUCACAAGCUUCCGCAAAGUCUUUUUUGAUAAAAGAAGAGCCCCUAAAACCACAUCCUUGAUUUUUGCCUGUGGAUAAGGAAGACUUGCCUGUUCUCCAUCCUCUUGCUUUGCUCCAUCUUAUGUUCUUGAGUGAAAGUGAGGCUGGGAUGGAAAGUGGGGGCUGCUCAGAGGGCAGGACUUUCAGGCCCCAGACAAGGAGAGCCCAUCGAUCAGGCAGCUGCACCAGGAGCUCCCUCAGGUGGCAUCUGCUCCUGCCCCUCGUUCUACAGCUGAGACCCGGAGGCUCAGGGAGGGGUGGCUGGCCCAAGUCCGCACCGCUCCCCAUCGCAGCCCAGACAAGGCUGGGCGCCCAGACACGCUGUUUCUACCCGAGAACCUGGUCCAUUACUGCCUUUCUUCCUGGUCCAGUAGACCCUCAGGAAGAGGCCGAUUAAAUGUAAGUUACAAGGACGUUGCACCAGGCAGAGUUUAUGAACACCUUUAAAAAGCAGACACACUGACUCUUCCUUUCUCUGUGCAUCUUUGGAAAAACAAAGGCCUUUGUGUAAUUUCUUGGAAUUAGAUGAAUUGAAUUAGCCUGUGUGUUGCUUUCUUGGUCAUUACAACAACUAUCUUAAUUAAAAAUUUUCUCUUUUAGCUGAAAAUAUUUCUUCCAUGGUACAUUAAAACAUGAAGUAGGAAAUUUAGGAAAAGAAUUAAUUUUAUACUAAGCU